GUGAAAUGUCCACAGAAGUGCCAAACAUUAAACUGAAAAUUGAUCCUCGGGAUCUGCAGAUCCAGACGUUUACGGUGGAGAAAUUAUUGGAACCGUUGAUAAUUCAGGUUACAACACUAGUGAACUGUCCACAGAACCCUUCUGGUAAGAAAAAGGGCCGUUCCAAAAGAGCUCGUGUCUUGCUAGCUUCAGUGGAAGAAGCCACAUGGAAUUUGUUGGACAAAGGGGAAAAAAUUGCCAAGGAAGCGGUUGUGUUAAAAGAGGAACUUCAUGCAGCACUUGCCGAUGUCCGGAAAGAGAGUCAAGCCUUGAAGGCAUCAGCAGAGGCAUUUACCAGUGAUCCCUGUUAUCUGCCUAAGAGGCAGACUGUUGUCCAAGCAGCACGAUCUCUGCUUGCAGCUGUCACAAGGCUUCUGAUUCUGGCAGACAUGGUGGAUGUGGCAUACUUGCUGGAACAUUUAACUGUGUUUCAAAGAACAUUUGAAUCUUUAAGAAAAGUAUCCAGUAAAUCUGAUCUACAGAAAACCUACCAGAAGUUUCGAAAAGACCUGGAAAAUCUUGACUAUUUGGCAUACAAACGGCAGCAGGAUUUGAAAUCUAGCAAUCAGCGAGAUGAAAUUGCUGCAGCACGUGCAUCCCUGAAGGAAAAUUCCUCUCUCCUACAUUCAAUAUGUUCAGCUUGUUUGGAACAUUCAGAUGUUGCAUCCCUUACAGCCAGCAAGGAUUCAAUUUGCAAUGAAAUACAGAAUGCUCUCAAUGUAAUUUCUAAUGCUUCUCAAGGAGUUGAAAAUAAAAUGGGGCAACCUACAUCUCACACAGCUACUCUUGGAAGUGCACUUGAUGAGCUUGAGAAUUUAAUUAUCCUGGAUCCUCUUGUAGUGAAUGAAGAGAAAAUAAGGCCAUCUCUAGAGAAACGUCUGGAAGCCAUUAUCAGUGGAGCAGCUUUGCUUGCUGAUUCUUCCUGCACACGUGACUUUCAUCGAGAACGCAUCAUUGCUGAAUGCAAUGCCAUCCGCCAAGCUCUCCAAGACCUACUUUCUGAGUACAUAAACAAUACUGACAAGAAAGAGAGAAGUAAUGCCUUGAAUGUUGCAAUAGAUAGUAUGUGCAAGAAGACAAGGGACCUCCGCAGACAGCUCCGUAAAGCCAUUAUAGAUCACAUCUCAGAUUCCUUCUUAGACACGACUGUUCCACUUCUAGUUCUUAUUGAAGCUGCCAAAAAUGGAAGAGAUAAAGAAAUAAAGGAAUAUGCAGCUAUAUUUCGAGAACAUACCAGCAGGCUUGUGGAGGUUGCUAAUCUUGCUUGUUCGUUAUCAACAAAUGAAGAUGGAGUGAAAAUUGUCCAAAUGGCAGCUAAUCACAUAGAGAAUUUAUGCCCACAGGUUAUUAAUGCUGCUUUAGCUCUUGCUGCCAGACCAAAAAGUCAAGUUGUGAAAACCAACAUGGAGAUGUAUAGGAGUACGUGGGAGAAUCACAUCCAUCUUCUUACUGAAGCUGUGGACGAUAUAACAAGUAUUGAUGAUUUUCUUGCUGUAUCAGAAAGCCAUGUUCUUGAGGAUGUGAACAAGUGCAUCAUCGCACUGAGAGAGCAAAAUGCAGAUGAUUUAGAUCGUGCAGCAGGUGCAAUCCGGGGGCGUGCUUCAAGAGUAGCUCAUAUUGUUUCGGGCGAGAUGGACAAUUACGAACCUGGUGCUUACACUGAAGGAGUGAUGAAGAAUGUUCAGUAUUUGACCAAGACUGUGAUUCCAGAGUUUAUCAGUCAAGUAAACAUUGCAUUGGAGAGCUUAAGCAAGAACACGGUGCAUCUGUUUGAUGAUAACCAGUUUGUGGACAUUUCUAAGAAGGUGUAUGAUACAAUUCAUAACAUCAGAUGCUCAGUCAUGAUGAUUCGGACACCCGAGGAACUAGAAGAUGUAUCUGACCUUGAAGAAGACCACGAUGCACGCAGUCGUACAAGUAUUCAGACUGAAGGGAAAACUGACAGGGCCAAGAUGACUCAACUGCCAGAGGCUGAAAAGGAAAAGAUAGCUGAGCAAGUGGCUGAUUUCAAAAAAGUCAAGAGUAAGCUUGAUGCAGAGAUUGAAAUAUGGGACGAUACCAGCAAUGACAUAAUUGUUUUGGCCAAGAGGAUGUGUGUGAUUAUGAUGGAGAUGACUGACUUCACAAGGGGUAGGGGACCACUGAAGAACACAUCGGAUGUAAUUAAUGCAGCAAAGAUGAUUUCAGAGUCAGGAUCAAGGAUGGAUGUACUAGCACGGCUGAUUGCCAAUCAGUGUCCAGACCAAUCGUGCAAACAGGAUUUGUUGGCUUACCUAGAACAGAUCAAACUGUACUCCCAUCAGCUCAAAAUCUGCAGUCAAGUUAAAGCAGAAAUCCAGAAUCUGGGUGGGGAGCUCAUCAUGUCUGCUUUGGAUAGCGUCACAUCACUAAUUCAGGCUGCCAAAAAUUUAAUGAAUGCCGUGGUGCAGACAGUGAAGAUGUCCUAUAUUGCAUCCACAAAGAUUAUCAAGAUCCAGAGUCCUACUGGCCCACGACAUCCUGUUGUGAUGUGGAGAAUGAAGGCUCCAGAGAAGAAGCCGUUAAUUAAAAGAGAGAAGCCAGAAGAAAUCUAUGCGGCUGUCAGAAAAGGUUCUGCGAAGAAGAGAAUCCAUCCUGUUCAAGUCAUGAGUGAAUUUAGAGGCAGAGAAAUAGUCUAA